CUCCAAGCCCCGCCCCCCUCGCGCAUGGGCCCAGAUGGGAGCUCCUCGGCCUUCUGAUCAGGACUGCGGGAGGCGCUGGAGCCAGGGAUGAGGCGCAUGCGCACGGGCAGCAGGCAGCGGCGGGGCUGCUGCUGCGGCGGCGCCCGUGCAGGUAGCAACGCGCGCCCCCGCGGCGGCCUGGCGUGGCGGGAGAGCGGCGCGGGCGAGGAGUGCUGCGUGUGCGGCGGGUGGCGAGGCCGGGCGGGCGGCUCGCCCCAGCAGCUGGCGGAGAGGUACGCGGACUUGGCCGCCAGCCAGGCGGAAGCGCUGAGGGCCGGGGAAGAGCGUGACCGGCAGAACCGGCGCCUCCGCGACGAGAACGCGCGGCUGAGGCAGGAGAACCGGCGCCUGCGCAGAGAAAACCGGAGCCUUUUCCGCCAGGCCUUGAAGCUCCAGUACCAGCGCUCGGAGGAGGAGGAAGCGGAAGCCGAGGGCGCCACUUCCGCUCAGGAAAAGCCAGAAGGGCACAAAAGAGAAGAGGGAGAUGGACAGGCAACCCAUUCAGCCUGAAGGCGGACAGAGUUUUUUUAUCAGGCCUCGCCUGCCUUUGCUUUUCUCCCCAACGUUCAGGAAGGUGCUUCAUACUGUCAUUGAAAUCCUAAAGCAUCGACUUGAGCCAGAUUUGAAGCUCCACCUGAUAUGUCCCAGUAAGGCCUCUUUAUCCACAGGUUCAACUAUGAACAGCUCUACUUGAUAUGUUACAGUCAGUCCUCUUUCUUCAGGGGUUCAACUAUACACAGUUCCACCCAAUAUGUUCCCGUCAGGCCUCAUUAUCCACAGGUUCAACUAUCCACAGCCCUAUUUGAUAUGUUUCCGUCAUUCCUCUUUAGCCACAGGUUCAACUAUCCACAGCUCCACCUGAUGUGUUCCAGUCAGGCAUCAUUAUCCACGGGUUCAACCAUCCACAGUUCUCCCUGAAAUAUCCCUGUCAGGCCUCUCUAUCCACAGUUUCAACUAUCCACAGCUCCACCUGACACGAUCCAUUCAGGCCUCUUUAUCCCCGGGUUCAACUAUCCACAGCUCCACCUGAUAUGUUCCAGUCAUGCCUCUUUCUCCCCGGAUUCAACUAUCUACAGCUUGAAGAUAACCCAGAAUAAUUCCAAAAUAUAUGAUGGGACUUGCACACCUAUGGAUUUUGCUGUCCUGAGAUACCAAGGGGCCACAGAACUUAUUUUCCUUUUGCAGCUGACAGGAGAACAAUAAUACACUCUGCACUCUCUCUAGGUGCCAAAUCCCAUCAUCAGCAAAUGGGAAGCUGAGGUUUUGUGUCUCCUGCUUUGCUUGCUUGUACUGCAUAUGUUACAAUUGGGGUUAUCUUGGCCCCUUCCACACAGCUGAAUAAAAUCCCACAUUUUCUGCUUUGAACUGGGAUAUAUGGCAGUGUGAACUCAGGUAACCCAGUUCAAAGCAGAUAUGUGGGAUUGUCUGCUUUGAUAUUCUGGGUUAUAUGGCUGUGUGGAAGGACCCCUAGUUUUGCCUGAUCCAGAGAUGUGUUGGCCUGUUGAUGUGCCAGCUGGACACCUGCAUUUUGUAUUCCUUGCUUUUGUAACAAGCAUCAAAACACUUCAUGGAGGAUUUUUAAUAAUACAAGAAGUGUGGCAUUAGUAGCACCCUUUUGUUGUAAAACUUGAAUUACUGCACAGGUUGAACGUCCUUCAUUCCAAAAUGCGAACUCCAAAACUGUCUCCAGUUACUGCCACUUUUGCUUUUGGAUGGUUUAAUGGACCCAAACAUUAUUUCAUUCAAAAAAAUUGCAAAAGUUAUGUAUAAAAUUACCUGCAGAAGAUGUGCAUGAGGUGUAUGGGAAAUAUCAAUGAAGCUACAGCAAAUCGAUGUUGUAUAGAAGAGCUGAUAGAUGUUUAUCAAAUCAUAGGCACUAUAUGUUUUAUCUCUGGCUAACAUAUCUUUCCAAGGUUAAUGCAAAAUGAAUGUAUAGUCUACUGACACUCGCCUCCCCUUUGGUCAUCUGUAGGUCUGAUGUUUUGUGUUACCUGUUUGCACUCUUAAUAAACUCUUAAAACCUCCUUA